GUCAAAAAGAGCACUUAUAAUGAAGGUCAUUUUCCGUUUGGACUAUAAUUAGCCUGACAGCUGUCCGAUUAAUCGGCAGUUUUUGGCAUCACACCCAAUUUUACAAAUCGCAUCAGUUAAUUGGACUGCCGGCGGAGGAAAAUGGAGAAUUCCGACACCUUUGGAUCGUCGACUGCCACUCCAACGUGGCAGUACUUCCUCGAACGCAUGCGCCACCCCUCCGCCGCCGAUUUCGUCAAAGCCAUUAAAAGUUUUAUAGUGUCAUUUUUGAAUAAUACACCGGAUGCCGAAAGGGACAGCACAGCUGUGCAGGAGUUCCUUGGGAACAUGGAAGCGGCAUUUAGGUCACACUCCCUUUGGGUUGGAUGUUCAGAGGAGGAGUUAGAGAAUGCUGGUGAAGGACUGGAAAAAUAUGUCUUGACAAAGUUAUUUACACGCGUAUUUGCUGCAAUUCCGGAAGAUGUGGAAGUUGACAAGCAACUUCAUCAGAAGAUGGCUUUGAUUCAACAAUUCGUUCGGCCUGAAAACUUGGAUAUCAAGCCAACAUUUCAAAAUGAAACAUCAUGGUUGCUUGCGCAGAAAGAGCUGCAAAAGAUUAAUAUGUACAAGGGACCGAGAGAUAAACUUGUCUGCAUUCUCAAUUGUUGCAAGGUCAUCAAUAACCUACUGAUCAAUGCCUCCAUUGCUGCCAAUGAAGAUCAUCCAGGAGCAGAUGAAUUUCUACCUGUUCUCAUAUAUGUCACCAUAAAGGCAAACCCUCCACAGCUGCAUUCCAACUUAUUAUAUAUACAACGGUACAGGCGACAAAAUCGUUUGGUAGCAGAAUCAGCCUACUAUUUCACAAACAUGCUUUCCGUGGAGUCUUUUAUUAUGAAUAUCACUGCACAAGCCCUUUCAAUGGAUGAAAGAGAGUUUAAAAAGAACAUGGAAUCUGCUCGACUACUCCUUUAUGAUCUUUCUGAAAGUUCAGACGUACUAAGCCAAACUGAUCAAAGAGUUGGACACGCUCCCAAAACACAGGUGGUGGAACCCAAACAACCUUUGAGUUGGAAGCACCAGGACUCAACAGUGUCAGGUCAGUUCUCAGUCAACUCAUCUGAAAAGAAAUCCAAGAACGGGGAAUCAGACUUAAAAGACUACUUAUCUUUGAAUAAAAUUCCAUCAAUUUCAGAUCUUGAAAAUAAAGGUGCUACCAUGCUUUUGAAGGAAGAUGAAGUAAACCAUGUCUUUAGGGAUUUCCCGUACUUGUAUUCACAGGCUGGUGAUCUGACAGCUUCCGAUGUAGAAGACCUGCUAAACAAUUACAAGCAACUUGUAUUCAAGUAUGUGUGUCUUGCCAAAGGAUUGGGUGUUGGAACUCCGUCUCCUCCAGUGGCAGAUACCCAAGGUCAAAAGGAUGAUCAGAUUGAAAUCGUGAUGGAAUCAGAAAACGCUGGGGAAGGGACAUCAAAUGAUGAAAUGCACAAGGAGCUUCCUAAUUUAUCUUCUGAUUUAGUUGAAGCAUCACAUUUUGAGUCGGAAAGUUCUGAAUCCAAGUUUUCUGAAGGAAAUUCUGAGUCGAAAUUGCCAGAAGAAGCAGCUGUUCAAACUCAAGGUCAGGAAGGGGAUCAAAAUCCUCAUACGUGAUUCUCUUGAUAGCCCAUAUAAAUUAAUAUCGACAUAUUUGGAAAGAUGGACUAAACAGAGGAGAAGAAGAAGAAUUUAAAAUCCUAUUUGUUAUAAUGUCUAGUCCAAUACAGCACUGUGUACCAGUAAUGCUUCGACGGGGGAUCUCUAGUGUACUUUAAUCUAACUUUAAUAUGUUCACAAGAGGAUGUAUUUUUAUGUCAAUUCUUUGCAAGUAGGAUAUAAAGCUCUAUGAGCAGUGUAAUCAGUACAACAUUGAGAAAAAAUUGACUGUCGUUCGGGAUGACAGGAAUCUUGCCGGAGGGAACUUUUUUUUUUUUUUUUUUUCCUUUUGGGCUCCCAUUUGUAUCUAACUUCUACUGGUUUUUGUUUAUCAAAAUUCCUAUGGCUUCUGCAA